AUGUUUUUCGUCACAAUUAUCCUAGUAUCACUAACUACAAUCUACGUUGUCUUAAAGAUACUCAAUUACCUCAAAACCGUACCUGACUUGUACUUGCUACAACAAUCGUACCCCGAUACCACACGUUUACCAAACGAAUCACCAAUUUAUCAUUCGACAAAAUCGCCCACUGGUUUACGAUUGGGUCUCGAUAUUCGAUACGAUCAUUACAAGAUACGUAGAGGUAACUGUAAUGAUAUUUGGGAAAUUGCCAUGAAAAAUGGUGGAUCACGGGGAAUUUAUGUUGGCGAUGAGUUUGUUGAAUUUGCAACUAUUAAUUACUACAUUUCUCAAUCGCAAGAACAAUGCGAUGCUAUAAACAUACCUGUGGAUUACCAAAUCGAUGGGCAUUGGGUGAUUGUUGUCUUGAUUGGUCUUGUUAAACAAAUACCACUACAAUUCUACGACAAGCAAGAACCAAGUACUGGGAAAUCAAUUUCACAAAUCAAACUCCCACAUGCACAACAAUUGCACGAGUUUAACAACGUGUACACUGCGGAUAAAGAUAAAGGAAUUACAAUCAAGUUUGACAAACUGGUGAAGCUAGGUAUUGAUGUAGUGGUUGAUUUUACCCAAUUGAAUUUGAUUAGUGCUGUUGCAUCAUCAAUAAAGCACCUACCAGUAGACUACACAAACAAGUCAAUAACUAUUGUAUCAUCACCUGAUUUUGCUGGGGUAUCAAAUACUAUUGUCAAGUUGCUUAUGGCUUUAGUUUGUCAAAUGAAAGUGCACAUUAAAGAAAAAGCACCUACGUUCGAAACUGAUAUAACAACACUCCCUGAAUCGAAAGCAACAUUGACUGACUUAGCAUGGAAACAAAAUAUCAAACUAUACUUUCUUGGAUUGGGUAUAUUCUCCUCAGAGAAACUAGUGUAUGUUUAUUCCCCAGCAUCUCACCCUCAAUUAACAUCAUCACAACUCAAUCAUUUACGUAUCGUGACCGAUUCACACGUGAUUCGUGAAUACUACACAUACAACAUCUUUGGUCCAAUAUUGACCACUGACUACUAUGAAUACCGCACCUACACGCGUCAAUUUGGAGUUAUCCCUCAAUCUUUGGAAAUGAAGGUUAACAAUUUAGAUGCCAAUGGAAUAGGCAGUUUGUUAGUUAGAGGUUACACGAUAGGUAAAUCCACCAACUACUUAAAUGGCAAGGAGCAAGAGCAAGAGCAAAAUGAGAAUUCCAAUGGUGAUGGAUUUAUGCCCGUCAACAUACGUGGUAAAUGGGGUACUGAUGGAUGCUUGUAUUUGAUAUAA